AUGACGGAGAGAACCACACCUGCACUUGCAUACCUGGAUAUGUUGGAGACGGGUUUACCUGUCAGGCAUUGCUAUUGUGCCUGCGUCGCCAACCCUUGCUUCCCAGGUGUAAACUGCACAGACACAUAUAACGAGACCUGGUACAUCUGCGACAGGUGUCCUCCGGGUUACGGCGGUGAUGGGCAGGCCUGUAUUGACCUGCAGUGCCCGAGCGGCUACGCGGGCGACGGCGAGACGUGCGGCCCCGACAGCGACCAGGACGGCUUCCCCAACCUCGGGCUGGCCUGCGCCGAGCCCGGCUGCGUCCAAGACAACUGCCCGACGUGGCCCAACUCUGGCCAGGAGGACGCGGACGCGGACGGCCUCGGCGAUGCGUGUGACGACGACGCCGACGACGACGCUCUGGAAAACGAUGUGGACAACUGCCCCCUCGUGGCCAACCUCGACCAAGCUGACAGCGACGGUGACAGCGUGGGCGAUGCCUGUGACAACUGCCCUGCUCUCGCCAACUCGGAUCAGGGGGAUGCUGAUGGCAACGGUGUCGGCGACGCGUGCGAUCCUGACAAGGACAAUGACGGCGUGCUCGACGGCGCUGACAACUGCCCGCUAGUUAACAACACCGACCAGCUUGACACCGACGGCGACGGACUGGGCGACGCGUGUGACAACUGCCCGUCGGCUGCCAACGCGGACCAGGCCGAUGCGGACCAGGACCUCGUCGGCGACGCCUGCGACGAUGACAUUGAUACGGACAUGGACUCCGUCCAGGACAGCCUCGACAACUGCCCCAACGACGUCAACAGCGACCAGGGCGACGCAAACGCAGACGGCGUGGGCGAUGUGUGCGACUUAGACGCCGAUUCUGACGGUAUCCCCAGUGCGCUCGAUAACUGCCCGCUCGUGCCCAACGUCGACCAGCACGACAUGGAGGGCGACGGCGUGGGCGACGCAUGCGCACUCGACUUCGAUGGCGACGGUCACCUCGACGCCAACGACAUCUGCCCCAAGAACGGCGCCAUUUUCGAGCAGGACCUGGGCCAUCUGGAGCGGUAUCCACGAAAGUUCUCAGACAGUUUUGAGACGAUUCUGAGACUAAAUUUUGAGACAAUCUUCGACCUGUCUUACACUUUGAGACAGAAUUGA